CUCUCUCUUCCCUUUUUCUUUCUGUGAGAGCUGAUAUCUCUGGCGGGUUGCCGCAUGGAAGUCACGCAGGCAGGACAGAAUAUCAGCUGUCAGAUCCGGACUCCUUCUCUCCAGUUUCCGAGCAGCGCACGAGCAGACACGCCGCCGUCCUCACACUUACCGGGAUCCAACGGGAUCCAACGGCAUCCGUCCGUCUGCAUCCCGGCUUCAUUCCUGCACUGGGGGAGCUUUCGCACACAGAUGUAACAACAACAACAACAACACCACCAAAAGACACAUCGGAUCGUCUCCAUUACGCACAGCUAAUUGUAUUCUAUUCGAAUUCUUCUAUUCUCUCCAUCCCCUGCACGGACAGAGCGGGGACCGGAGGCGGGGGUGCUAUCCACGGUAUGGAGUCCUGGUUUUACCAAUCGACCCACCGGGAGGAAUGAAACUGAGGCGGAAUAUUAAUAACCUAAUCCUGACAACAACCCAGGGGAUGUUGCAGCAGAGUUUGGGACUCCAGAGAGCAUAACAACUUUUUUUGUUGUUGUUGGUGUCUCUUUUCCCCCCUCGUCGUCCUUACCAGUGGGACUUGUAUUUCUCGUGACUGAUUUGCAGCGGUACUUCACUUCCCCUGACAUGGACCGGUCGACGUCUUUGGAUAUAGAGGCGCUCAAGAUGACCCAGGAGCAGUAUAUCCUGGCGGCGCAGCCCAACCCGCUCCACCAGCGGGGCGCGUCGGUGUGCGGCGCCCAGGUCUACCCGGCAGUGGGGAUCUACGGCUGGAGGAAGAGGUGCUUGUACUUCUUCAUCCUCCUCCUUCUCGUCACCAUGAUUGUCAACCUGGCGCUGACCAUCUGGAUCCUCAAAGUCAUGAACUUCACUCCGGAGGGAAUGGGGAAUCUGCGGGUGACCAAGGAAGGUGUCCGAUUGGAGGGAGUGUCCGAGUUCUUAUCGCCUCUAUACGUCAAAGAGAUCCAGUCUCGCAGGGACAGUCCACUGAUCCUCCAGUCAGACAGAAAUGUGACUGUCAAUGCCAGGAAUGAUCAGGGACAACUGACCGGUCAGCUAACCGUGGGUUCAGAAAUGGUAGAGGCUCAGUGUCAGAGGUUUGAGGUGAGGAGCACAGAUGGAGAGAGAGUUCUGUUCUCUGCAGAUGAAGACGAGAUCACCAUCGGCACCGAGAAACUGAGAGUCACAGGGAAUGAAGGCGUGGCGUUCAGCCAUUCUGUAGAGACGUCACAUGUAAGGGCAGAACCGUUCCAAGACCUAAAGCUGGAGUCACCGACUCGAACCCUGACCCUUGAGGCCCCAAGAGGGGUGGAAGUCAAUGCCGGAGUGGGGGACUUCACGGCGUCCUGUAGGAAAGACCUCCUCUUGCAGUCCUCAGAAGGAGAGAUCUUUCUAGAUGCCAACAGCAUCAAGCUCGGCCGCAUUCCCCUCGGCAGUGCCGUGGACCCCCUGGAGGGGGCGCCAGCAGGCACCACCUACACCAAACAGACUGUGUACGAGCUUUGUGCCUGCGCAAACGGAAAACUCUACCUGUCCCCGGCCGAGAAGGGCUCCACCUGCCAGACCACCAGUAACUUUUGUCUCUGGAGCUGAGAGCGUGAGGCCAACGGACGCUCGGGACGUAUGGACUAUUAGAGUUUGAAGCUAAUGCUCGCCAACUGACUGAAUCCACACGGAUCAGGGCUCGGUGGGAACCUAAUGCCGGCUAACAAACAAGAAUUAACAUGGAUCGUAGCAGGGCGAGAAGUUCAUGUCUGUCAAACAAAUCGAAUUAUAUGGAUUACAGCUUGGCAGGAAGCUAAUGCUUGCUAAGAGACCAAAGCAACAUGGACUGUGUCUCGGAGUGAGGGUAAUGCCGGUUGAAGGACUGAAUGAAGACGGACUAGACCUUGAUGAGACUCUUUUGUCAGUUCACUGUCCGAGUUAAUAUGGAUUGAUCAUGUUGUCAAUGCCGGUCAGGAGGAAGGAUGACGGUGGGAAACAAAAAGCCACGGUUGGCAUGGACAUGAGUGGACAGUCUCGCUCUGGGGAUCCUGUUGGCCGUCUUAUGUACUAUUGCUGCCAUGAUGAUUUCCUGAGAACAGCAAACUGUCUUACAAUGAAAGUGAGUCGUGUGUUCAGUGUAUGACCAAAGCGUCCUGGAAAAUAUGCUCAUGCUUUUGUCAGGAUCAACAGAUGGAGUGAUGGAGUGCAAAAUGGGCCAGCCAGGACAGACACCCAGGUGGACUUCAGUUUAGCCCCGCAGGUGACUAACAAAUAAAUAAGACAAUGGUUUAGUCUAGUGGGAAGCUAAGCUAGCUAACGGACCAAUCUAUACCAGAAAGGCCUUCCCCCCCACCCAAAACUUUGACUUGUGACCCUUCUCCAUAAAUCCGCGUCUGGUAAUGAAUAUGCUCUCUGACACCACUUUAUCAUUGGACAGUUCAUGCAAAUAAUCAUGCUUCAAACUUGCAUUAUGUAGUACCCCUCCAUGAUUUAUAUUUACUAAUAACUAGUCUCAUUUUAUUCUAGUUCUCCUUUUUUUCAGAUUCCAGGCCUAUUUUACGUUGUACUUCUUUGUUGUUUUCCCUUAAACCCCCUCACAAGUCAUUUUGCUGCUCCUCUCCUUCAUCCCUCAUCUGUGCUCAAGUAAUAUUUUUCUGUCUAUGCACCUAAAUGCGUUGAACUGGUAAAUAAAUCAUAUUCCUGCCCAUCCACUUUCUUCCAGUGGUGUGGUUAACACAGAACAGAAAACAUAGAUUUAGCAGCUUCUUCCACUGGACUGGUAAAGAAACAUGUUCAGUACCAGAUGGAGGGUUUCUCCCCCUCACAGUCCGUCACCACGGACUCUCUGGAGUCUUCCUUCAGAGGCACACAGCAAAGCAAAUGGUUUAAGGAGAGGAAAGUGAUUUGAGUGCGUGUUUGAUGGAGGCUCAGGUAGGUGUUAUGGUACGGGGCCGCACCUGGCAGGCAGAGGCAGUGUCAGGCGACUAAUUUCUGUGUCGUUACGGAUCAUUAUACAUCUCCUGUGUUUCAUGACUGUCCGACUAGUCUCACCCGUUUUGCAUGACCUUUUCUGUUAUUCUUGUCGAGCCUGCUUCCUUCUCAAUCAUGACAUUGAGAAACCUUUCCGCUCCCUUUCUGCUCAUUCCUCAGCUCGUCUUAAAUGCAGUAUUUUUACCUCUCGGUACUGCUACUUUUCUUUGACAGAAUGUUACGAAGUUACAGUGUUGACGGCAUUUCAAAGACGUCAAUGUAUUGUGAGCAAAAUGUUGAGUCACCGUAGUUCCCGUUCGUCAGUCCGACAAAUGAAGAAGUAGAUCCCCCCGUGCUGCUGCCAUGUAGACCCUGCAGGCCCCGUCUCCUGGUGCUGGGUUUUCCCCCGAACUAAACCCUGAACCCCUGAGCCACUGCAUUCUCUCUACGGAGCGGUCUCACGCCGCCAAAAGACACAAACUAAACCCUGAGCGUUUCCCUUGUCUGUUUCUCCCUUGACUCAGGCCAAGGAACCUACUAUCUUAACGAUACGUUACAAGGAUCAACCAAUACACAGAUGGCUCAUUUAACUCCAGACCGCCGCCACAGAUGGCGAUUUAUAAGACAGCCGUGUUAUUUGAACCGUCUCUCAGAGUUUUAGCAGGUUGUUCCAAUUCCACGUAUUCUCGCCCCGCUGUUCGUUAGUACUUGGUUUUUAAAUACAACUUUCUGUAAAUUUAGAUUGCAAUGAUAGAGAUGUAAUGAUACUCCCUAUUAUUUUGGAGGAGGGGAUACGGUAUUACAUGCUGCAACUUUAAUGUUCUUUUUUCCAUUACAACUCAAAGAAAAAUGUCUCUUCGCUCCCACAAUAGGCCUCAUUUCAAGCAGGAAAAGUCAAGAAGGUCCAAAAUAUCAUUUGAGGGGUUAUUUUUGAUACAUUGAAUCCUUCACAGAUGGGGGGGAUCAGAGGGAAUGUCCUCGAGCUGGCCAACCGAUCCACCUUUGCAAUGGCUGGAAAUGAAAAGAUUUGUGUGGCAGAAAUUCCCCUGGAGGAGAUUGUGGAUGGAUUUGGUUUUGUGUGUGUGGAUACGACUGGAUUAAGGCCCUGAGGCAUAGUGUCUUUUUUUUUUUUUGUUGAACAAAGUGAUACACAGGUGCCUUUGCUGCUGUUGGUAAAAGCACAUCAAAGUCCGAACGUUCACACUACCCUCAGUGGAACAUCUGCAAGGGACUCUGGAAAAACUAUAUAUUUAUCAAUCUACUUGUCUAUUUAGUUUUCAGUAUUUUUCCUCCUCUUCUCUCCUGGUUUUGUAGAACUCAAUAUAUCCAGCUGAAAAAAACAACUCAGUCCUGGUUUGAAGUUUGUUUUUCUGAUGUGUUCCCUUAUGGUUUUAUUCUUGAUAAUAAAAAAGCACAAAUUAUGCCAUGUAUAUAACGAUACCAAUAAAACAAAAAAUAAAAUAAUAUUGUUUUUAAA